AUGCAUUUUAAGACAAGAUGGAUGGAUAACAGAAACAAAAAACUAUGGAGUAGAGAUAACAGUAACAAGAAACUACAGUGUAGAGAUAACAGUAACAAGAAUCUACGGAGUAAAGAUAACAGUAACAAGAAACUACAGUGUAGAGAUAACACUAACAAGAAACUACAGUGUAUAGAUAACAGUAACAAGAAACUACGGAGUAGAGAUAACAGUAACAAGAAACUAUGGAGUAAAGAUAACAGUAACAAGAAACUACGGAGUAAAUAUAGCAGUAACAAGAAACUACAGUGUAGAGAUAACAGUAACAAGAAUCUACGGAGUAAAGAUAACAGUAACAAGAAACUACAGUCUAGAGAUAACAGUAACAAGAAUCUACGGAGUAGAGAUAACAGUAACAAGAAACUACGGAGUAAAGAUAACAGUAACAAGAAACUACGGAGUAAAGAUAACAGUAACAAGAAACUACAGUGUAUAGAUAACAGUAACAAGAAUCUACGGAGUAGAGAUAACAGUAACAAGAAACUACGGAGUAAAGAUAACAGUAACAAUAAACUACGGAGUAAAGAUAACAGUAACAAGAAACUACAGCGUAAAGAUAACAGUAACAAGAAAAUAUAG